UUCCGGGGCUCUCGCGCGAGGGUCCUCGGGUCGAACCCCGUUCCGCUCCGGCGCCGAGACUGGGCUCGAGAGGGGCUCCCGGGCCGCCCCGCGACGGUCUCCGGCUUUCCGCUCCCGGAAGCCCCCCCCCCCGCCGCGAAGCUCCCCGGCCGGCCGGGAGGAGCUUCCGGGGUUGCUAAGGAACGGGCGCCCGCUUCCUGCCUGGCGCGGGUCGGCCUUCCCCGCUGUUCCUCCGGUGCCCGCGGGAGACGAGAGGGAGAGGCGGCCAUGGCGGCUGGCGGGCCGCGCGGAUGGGUGCUGGCGCUGCUAGUUGCCCAGGUCUCCGGCGAGUACGGCGUGGCCCGCGUCUUCCCGGAGAAGGGCGGCGGCGGCGGCGGCGGCGGCGGGAAGGACUACUGCAUCCUCUUCAACUCGCAGUGGGCCCACCUGCCGCACGACCUAGGCAAGGCGGUGGUGCAUUUAGGUGCUGCUGUCCUUUCUACUCUUCUCAUCAGGUGCCCCCCCGCCGGUAACCGGAGUCAGUAUGAGGAAAUUGAUAUCCCGGUGGCCCUGCUCAGCUAUGCAGACAUGCUGGACAUAGGACAGAGCUUUGGCCGCUCGGCCAAGGUGGCCAUGUACGCACCCAGCGAGCCCGUUCUAGACUACAACAUGGUGAUCAUCUUUGUGAUGGCGGUGGGCACGGUGGCCGUUGGCGGAUACUGGGCCGGGAGCAGAGACGUGAAAAAGCGCUACAUGAAACACAAGCGGGACGACGGGGCUGAGAAGCAAGAGGACGAGACGGUGGACGUCACUCCGGUCAUGAUCGGUGUCUUUGUGGUCAUGUGUUGCUCUAUGCUGGUCCUCCUCUAUUACUUCUACGACCAACUAGUGUACGUCAUCAUUGGGAUUUUCUGCCUGGCCGCUUCCAUUGGCCUCUACAGUUGCCUUUCCCCGUUUGUCCGGAGGUUCCCCCUCGGGAAGUGCCGCCUUCCAAGUAACAACUGGCCUUAUUUCCACAAACGGCCCCAAGUCCGGAUGCUCCUCCUUGCGGCCUUCUGUGUUGCUGUCAGCCUGGUCUGGGGUCUCUUCCGAAACGAAGACCAGUGGGCCUGGAUCCUCCAAGACGCUCUGGGGAUUGCCUUCUGCCUCUACAUGCUGAAGACCAUCCGCUUGCCAACAUUCAAGGGCUGCACUUUGCUCCUCCUGGUCCUCUUCGUGUAUGACGUCUUCUUCGUCUUCAUCACUCCGUACCUAACCAAGACAGGGGAGAGCAUCAUGGUGGAAGUGGCCGCUGGACCGACUGACUCGUCCACUCGGGAAAAGCUCCCCAUGGUGCUCAAAGUCCCCCGGCUCAACUUCUCCCCACUGGCCCUCUGUGACAGGCCCUUCUCUCUCCUGGGAUUUGGGGACAUCUUGGUACCAGGUCUGCUGGUGGCCUAUUGCCACAGGUUUGAUAUCCAAGUCCAGUCCUCCAGAGUGUACUUUGUAGCUUGCACCAUCGGUUACGGCAUCGGCCUCCUGGCAACCUUUGCGGCCCUGGCCUGGAUGCGGAAGGGCCAGCCGGCCCUGCUCUACCUGGUGCCCUGCACGCUGCUCACCAGCCUCCUCGUGGCCCUGUGGCGCCGGGAGCUGGCCACGUUCUGGACGGGCAGCGGCUUUGCGAAAGAGCUACCUCAUCCUCCCUUAGUCGUCUCCCCCGUCAGCUGCCCUGCCCCCCCCGAAAGCGGGGGGUCCUCCAGCAUCCCACCCAGAGGCCGAUGGAGAAGCCGCCGCCUCCCCUGCCCCCCCAGGAGAGCCCGCCGGCACUCCCAUGGGCCCCAAAGAGGAGGAGGAGGAGGAGGAGGAAGAGCAGGAGCCACGCGCCCCUUUCCUGGAGGUGGAGCAAGAGGCGAAGGAAGAGGAGGAGACGGACCCUGCUGAGCCCCAGCCUGACCAGCCGCCGGCCCAGCAGCCCCAGGGAGAGGCGCCCGAUGACCCUCUGAAGGACGACGCUCCAGGACAGACGAGCCCCCUCAGCCGAGCAUAGUCAGUCUGGCUAGACUCCCUCUCCCCCCCGCCCACUUUUCUUCCGGUCCCCCCCCCCCCCCCCCCCCCCCCCCCAUGCAGCUGAGGACCGAUUGGGUCCCCGGUGCAUUUCGCUCAGCGGCACGAUGUCAAUUCUUGAACUGUUAGGAGACUCCCAGAUUGCACUUUGGAGGGGCAGCCGCCUGCGUUUCAUACCAAAUCCCCUUCCGUUUGGAAUAUGGUGCUUUUACGAAGGUUCAAAUAGAAUUUCAGCAACGAUUUAAGAGACAAAUCAGCAAGCAGAUGCCUUGCCUUGCCCCGUUUUAGUCUACUAGCGUUAAUGUCUUUUUU